AUGCAACGCGCUCGAGAGAAUCUGGCUUCCCCACUAAAGCGCUCAAGCACAACCCCCAAUUUUCGGUCGAAAGCGAGUCAGAUUGUGGACGAAGAUGAGGCAGAAGAGGAUGAAGAGACAUUGCAACUUCAGCUAGCCGAGAUCAAAGCGCGCCUGAAAUUGAAGAAAUUACAGCAGCAGAAGACCCGCGGAAGUGGCUCAAUUCUCGAAGAUGAGGAUGCUCGACCAACUUCCGCAAUCAGCGCUUCGCGAACGGAAGACCGUGGUCUAACACCAAGAAGCGCCCUGGGAGUACGGCAAAGACCGAGCAACGAUGAAAUUCAGGUUCCGGCAUCACCAACAAGGCGAGAAGCUCCUCCCGCGGAUCCCAUAUCACCAAGGAGGUAUAUUAUGGGUAUCGACAAGGGCUGGAAAGCCACUGAUGUGUCGCUGAAGCGACCUCCUAGCUCACGAACCGACGCUCGUCCGAGCAGUCAAGUCGGCUUCCGCGAUGGUGCUACACCGCGCUCUGACUUAUUCUCCGCACGACCUCAGUCUUCCCCUGCAAUGGGAGGGAUCAACCGGAUCAAGAGUUUUAGCGAGAGGAUGGCGGAAAGCCGGGCAGCUGAAAAGGCUCGACUGGAGAGAGCAGAAAGGGUCCAGGCCAACCGCACUUCGGCUUUUCAAGUUGACAAGUCAGAAUUGGAGGCUUAUAAGAUUGCAGCUGCAAAUGCAAAGCCUUCAUCGCCCCCACCAUCUGCGUCGCGGCCUGUGGAGAGCUUCACCCGUGAAGAUAUUCUUCGAUCUAUGGGUCAAACCCGCCCGUCGUCUGGUCUGCAGCGCAGUAAUACAACCCCGAACAUUCGGCGAGAUGAGGGUGGCCAAAACGAGAGGCCCACUCAUCUACACAGACGAACCCAUACAGCAGAUGAAGAACCUGGAUCCGCUCAGAAGCCAGACCGCACGAACGAUACAUUGGUGAAGACACCAGACUCUUCAAAAUUCGAGUCUUAUUCGUCCUUACAUCUGUCCAAUCGAGUUCUUCCGCAUUCCUUCUUGAACCGCACACUUGCAGACAAAAGGGUUCUUCGCAUUCCCGAUUUACUGAAGAUGGUCAAGGCACCUGCAUUCGAACUCCCAGAUGACAUUGAUGGAGAUUUCGUGGUGUUUGGUAUUGUUGCAUCUAAGUCUGACCCCAGGGACAAGAAAGCCUCGGGGAAUGUAACUGCAAAAGAAAAAGACCCUUACGAUGACGGGUUGAACAAUUCAAAAAGAUACAUGGCCAUCACUCUGACCGAUUUGACAUGGACAGUUGACCUCUUCCUCUUCGACACUGCCUUCCCUCGUUACUACAAAGUUUCGGAAGGAACUCUCAUUGCAAUCCUGAAUCCUACGAUCAUGCCACCCCCGAAGCACAAGUUGGAUACCAACAGAUUUAGCUUGUCCUUGUCUUCAUCAGAUGACACGGUUCUCGAGAUUGGCCAUGCUCGGGAUAUUGGAUUCUGCAAGUCUGUGAAAAAAGAUGGAAAGACCUGCCAAGCCUGGGUUGAUGGUCGAAAGACCGAGUUCUGCGACUUCCACAUUGAUAUCCAGGUCCGACGCACGCAAGGCCAACGCGCAGGAGUCAACUGUGACACGGGCAUGUUUGGUGGUGGUUCGCGCAUCGGGUUAUACCAACCAGGGACCAGGCGACCGUCUGCCUAUUGGCAAGGCAAAAAACACGAUGGCCCCAGGUAUGACUAUCAAUCCCAAUCGGUGUUUUACGUGGCACCAUCCAGAAAUACCGGGGCUGGCCGUCCAGGCUCCAACCCUCGAGGCUCAGCAGAGAAUCCACUCGAUAGACUACAUGACCCCUUCUUCUCAACGGGCAUGAUGGGCCGCGGGGAGAGCAAAGAGGAGCGAAUGCGCAGACGUCUGGCGGCCCAACAGCGAGAGCGUGACAUAACCCAGAAGCUGGUUUCCGGCGGAGUCGGUGGUGUGGGCGCAGAGUAUCUCCGCACAAGGACCUCGAACGAGUCUCCAUCCAAGGAAACGACGCCCUGCACCCCGUCUAGGCCCCAGAGUCCUCCUCCGACAACCCACGGCAUGGACAUGACCACCUUCGGCAAAGCGAAAAACGUCCGCCUCAGUCCCAUGAAGCGUGCUCAUAACAAACCCCAUGGUAGCGGGGUCAAGAAGACGCGGUUCAUCACUGCCAAGGGUAUCAGGGAGGCUGGUCGGGAAAGCCUCGGUGCACCGGCCGAGACUACGCCCAGUGGGAGACGGAUACUGGUAGAUGAUGAUGACGACGAUGAUUUGGAAUUCAUCUGA